AUGGAUGAAGCAGAGAAGACUUAUGGUGGGUGUGAGGGCCCAGAUGCGAUAUACAUCAAGUUGAUCUCCAGUGUCCAGGAGUUUGUUGUAAAAAGAGAUCAUUCAUUAAAAUCAGGAACAAUAAAAGUGAUGCUGAGUGGGACUGAGUUUGCAGAAAAUAAAACAAAUGAGAUGAAUUUCAGAAGAGAUCCCAUCCAUGCCCUGUCCAAAGUCUGCAUGUAUUUAAUCUACAAGGUUAACCACACCAACAGCUCUACAGAGAUUCCUGAAUUCUCUAUUGCAUCUGAAUUUGCACUGGAAUGUCUGACAGCUGCUAACUUCUUAGACUGUUAA